AUGAAUAGCGACAUUGACCCAGAUUUAGAAAAGACAUUGAGACUCUCCGGUGGAGCGGAUGAAAACGAGGGGCGCAUCGAAAUCUUUCACGACCGUGAGUGGGGCACCGUGUGCGACGACAGCUGGGACAUCCAGGAUGGAGUGGUAGUUUGUCGACACCUUGGCUACUUUGGCGUUGACACGGUGUACGAGGGAGCUCAUUUUGGCGAGGGUUCUGGGACUAUAUGGCUUGAUGAUAUGCAGUGCAGGGGCACGGAGGACAGGUUGAGUGAUUGUUCUGGAGGAAGUAGUUGGGAAGUCCAUAACUGCAGUCAUGCAGAAGAUGCCGGAGUGAGGUGCUCAUUGACUUCGGGUAAUGGAGAAGUGCGAUUGGUUGAUGGCCCCUCCGAACGGAAAGGGCGCCUGGAGAUCUUCAAGGACUUUCAGUGGGGCAGCGUCUGCGAUGAUAGCUGGGAUAGAGCAGCUAGCGAAGUGGUCUGCAGGCAGUUGGGCUUCUCUGGGAAAGCGGAUUACUUCACAGCCGAUCAGAAGGGGAGUAAUUAG